GCUUGUAUGUGUACACACACAUACGAAUAUACUCGUGUGUGUGUGUGUCUAAGCGUUGAAACAUUCACCUCUUUUUUCCCAUUCUCUCAAUAUGACUACGAUUCUGCAAGGCUUAGCAAGUUGAACACAGCAGUUGGGUGAGCUUCGCGCGGUUUGCACUCUUCUAUUUUUGUCAUUCGUAAAUCUAAUUGUUGUGUCGAAAAACAGUCAGUCGGGUUCGACAACCUGGAUCAGGAAAAUAGAAAUGAAAAGUUGUGCUGUUGACUAAACUGAUUCUGAUUAUGGAGCUCGAUAGUUUAACAUCAGUUUCUGUGGGAUAUUUUGCCGCAAAAGAUGCCAGUGUUAAAGUGGUUCUACGUGAAAUCGAUAACCAAGUUCUUGUUGAGGAUCUGCAUAAAAAAGUACUUGACAAAAUCGGUGUAAAUAAGAAGUACCACUGUUAUUUCGCUGUCAUGAUGGGUAAACGAAAACCAACUCAAAAACUGAAACUCACUGAUUACGUUCCAUCUUCUUGCCAAGAUUUAUUCCUCUAUAAAUGGUGUUUUGAUUUGGACAUAGAAAACCAACUUUUGGAAGAUGACGUAACUUGUGAUCUUAUUUAUUACCAAGCGCUUCACGACUUACAAAUUGGUCACUUAACUGCAAGUAUUGAGGAACAGAUUGCUCUAGAUGAGUUAUCCAGUUUGAAUUGUUCUAAAUCAGCUUUUGUGAGACUUUGUCAACGCCUUGCUGGUUAUAAUAUCGUUGUCAUAGAUAACUGUUUUCUGUCCAAGCAGUCUUCUGUUUUCACGAAUCAUUUAGGAAACCCCUGUAAAGUCACACUAUCACAGAAAGGUUUGUGCAUAAUAACAGACGAAGAUUCAGUUUCUGUCUCAUGGAGUAGUGUUAAACAGUGGUCUAUAGAUCAUUCUGGAGCAAUAUUCACCUACACAGUGUUACAUAAAGAUGAUCAAGCAAAUAAUAUGUUUCGAGAAGAAAAACGCAUUUGUGUUGAGAGCAAGCAGCUUGAUGACCUUUUAUCUACCACCCAUGACAUUGUUAAAAGUAUCCAGAAAAAUUGCAGUCAACUGGCCUUUUAUGGAUCAAUGAUCAACAUGAAACCUGAUGGAACAAAAGUUUGGACAAAUCCUUUAUUUGGAUAUGGUUCCCUAACCUGAAGCCAUUAGGAAAUAAAGUUUUCAAGAAAAUUUGUACGGAGCCAUCACUGUGUGUGUGUGUGUGUGUGUGUGUGUGUGUGUGUGUGUGUGUGUGUGUGCAUGUGUGUGUGUGUGUGUUUGUGUAUGCUCUUGAAUGCUUACAUUCUAAUAAUCCUAAGUUAUAUUUUGACCAGGCCAAUGACUUCUAAGUAUCUCCUUCUCAUUCUUUGAAUGUGUUUGGUCAAAAAGUCUAAUGGAAAAUGUUAAACAUUAGUUUGCUAAUUCCAACACCUUUUAACAUUUUCCUUGAUGAAACCAAUGACUUUCUUAACAUUUUUCAUCCCAUAUCACCAUGUGGUAAUAUCCUUAUGUAUUUAAAACAACGACAGUCACAUAUUUGGGGUUUUUUGACAUCUUAAAAAAAAUACCAUGUUUCAAACUUUCAACAAGUACAACUCCUCAAGAGCAGACAAUGUAAUUGAUCAAUGUUGUUGUUUAACUCCUGCUCAUUCAUGAUCAAUCAGACUUAUGAAUAAAAGUUAUUUCAGUUGCGACCAUCCUAUCUAUUUUUUUCAGUUACUGAGUAUCUAAUGAAGUAUGAGGCAUUUUGGCAAAGACAUUUUGCUGAAUCAACACUGACUUAUUUGACAUCAGACCUUUUAAUCGUUCUCUUGGUCUCCUCCUCCUCUUUCCCUUCCUCUCUUCUUCUCUCUCCUUCCCUCUGUCUUUAUUUCUCUCACUUUAUGUGUGUGAGUAUAUUUCUCUUGAUGUGUAUGAAGAGAGGGAAAGUGUUUAUGUCAAUCAUGUCCCAUAAAUAAAUUGUAAUCUCUCUCUCUCUCUCUCCAUAUGCACGUGUGUGUUUAUGUUUGCCUCCAACACCAAAAAAUAUUGUUCCCAAUACAGAUUGAGUGUCCAGUCAGCCAUGUCAAAUCAUCAGCCUUCAAACAGCUAUACUUAGUCAUCUCAUUCCAUAUCUAGAGCUGCAUUAUCAUAUGUCCUUCCUUUUUUUAUGAUCGUAAAUUAUGGAAGGAUUUAUGGUUAGCUAGCUUUCUCUACCUUUAAAACUAUUAAUUUAUUGAGGUGGUCAUGAAAAUCUGUCUUUAUGAUUUUUUUUUUUAAUCCUUCAACUGCAAAAUUAAAUUUCAUGGUUAUUCCUGUAUUGAUUUUGGUUAUCAACCCAGAAACAGAUUGGUAUUUUCUGCAAUUCACAUUGCCUCAAUAAAUUCAAUAAAAAUUGUUUCAAAACAUGAUAUUCCUCAACAAAAGACAAUUGGUAUAUAAAACUGCUUUCCACAGUUAAAGUAAUGAAAUUUUUGAGUAGAUAUAUCUGAUUUCUGCAGUAAAAGGGUUAAACAAUUUUUGUACUUUACUUUAUUGUUUCUUGAGAGAGUCAUUUUAUCAAUAAGAAAUACUUGCUUUCAUUCUGUUGUACAUUUUUUAAUGUUAUUAGUCAACUGAUUAACUCAUUAACUAAUAAACUAAUCAUCUACUUGAUUAAUCAUUCAAUCAAUCAUUCAAUCAAUCAAUUAGUUAGUUUGUCAGUCCAGUUGUCAUCACUUGCAACCUCUUCAGUGAUGAUCCCUUGUUACUCCCGACCUGUCUUGUAUCCAAUGUCAUUGAUAAGAUAACAAAUAGCGGCAAUCAAACUCUGACAAACUAACAUAUUGAUUGAGGGAUCAAAUCAUUAAUCAAACAAUUUGUUAAUUGCUUAAUUUGUUAACUAGUUGAUUUAAUAAAAAGAAGUAAAAUAGAACCAGUGCAAAUGUUUCUUAUUGCCAAAAUUUUGUUUUAUAGAGAUCAAAAAUAAAAUACUUAUUCAAAAUUUUAUGUUAAUUUAUGUUCCAAACACCAGCAUAAUAAUUGCAAUGUUAUACUGAUAAAUUUUUCAUUAUUUUCAAAAUUAAUUCAAAGACUAGUAAUGUAUUUCAACAGAAACAUCAUGACCAAAGGGUGUUAAUGAUGAAAUAGUUGGUUAUUCUUCUGAAUUCCUCCAAAUUCUUGAUUAUUUAGAAAAUUAUUUGAAACAUCAGCAAUGCAUUUCAUUAGAAACAUAGCAACAGAAUGCUUAAAUAAAAACAAAGGAAAUCAUAACUUUUCAUCUUCUGUCAUCUCAAAGUGUAAAUGCAAUUAUUUAUAAAACAUCAAUUAUGUAGAAUAAAAUUAGGCAAUGAAAAGGGCAGAAGAAUGGAAGGGAAAUAAAAAUAUGCAUUAAAAAUGGGAAAAUUGCAGUUUUUGCAGCCAACCAUAAAAUGCAAUUAUUUCAAUGUGAUCGGAAAUAUUUAUAAAAAUUAUGGCAGUCCAUGUUUCCUUUAAUUUAAUGGUAGGUUGGCUAGAUUGUAAAUUCCAGUAGCAGGCUGACUGUUUUUUUUUUUUAAAUAUUGAAUUUGCCAUAUAUUUUGAAUAAAUCAUUUUGUAAUAAAUAAAUAAAUAAAUAUGUAAACUUGAAA